UCGUUUUCGAGAAAUUUAGAAAAAUCUUUAUUCAUCUCAAUUUGUUCAGAUAGAAAACAAAAACAUCCGAAAAUAUCACUUUGUAUUUAAAUACAGGUAUCGAUGACCAUCGUCUGUCUCGCCCAACAAGCCACAGGCCCAGCAUCAAAUUCGGUACCAUCCCGUUUUCUCACAGCGACUCCACGAUAGCGAAGUACUUCAAAGAGAUGCACGCAUAUAUGCGCCAGUUCAACAGAACCAACGUACUAGAUGGAGUAGCUGAUGUGCUAAGUGCUGAUUUGGAUGCUUUUAUCUACGACGGUACUGUGCUUGAUUAUCUCACCUCCCAGGAUGAAGAUUGUAGACUGCUGACGGUUGGAUCGUGGUACGCGAUGACUGGCUAUGGUCUUGCCUUUCCUCGUAACUCUAAAUACCUGAAGAUGUUCAACAAACAACUGCUGGACUUCCGGGAAAACGGCGACCUUGAAAGACUGCGCCGGUACUGGAUGACUGGCGUCUGCAAACCUGGCAAGCAGGAGCACAAAACCUCCGAUCCACUCGCCUUGGAGCAGUUCUUGUCCGCUUUCCUUCUUCUUAUGUCAGGUAUCUUGCUGGCAGCCCUUCUAUUACUUCUGGAACACCUAUACUUCAAGUACGUCCGGAAACAUUUGGCCAAAACCGACAGGGGAGGUUGUUGUGCCCUGAUCAGCCUCUCUAUGGGCAAAAGUCUCACUUUUAGAGGUGCUGUUUAUGAAGCUCAAGAUAUUCUUAGGAAUCAUAGAUGUAAGGACCCCAUAUGCGAUACACACCUGUGGAAGGUGAAACGAGAACUGGACGUGGCCCAGAUUCGAAUCAAGCAACUGGAGAAAGAGCUAGAAUGCCACGGGAUCAAGCCCCCUCCUCCCUGUAAACGGCGUCAACAGCGUUCUUGCACCAACUGUCUUAACUGCUGCCUGGGUUCUUCCAAGUCACCUGAGUAA